AUGGCUGCCAAGGAGGCCCCAUCUGCCGCGCCCGCCGCGGAAUCCGCCGACGCGGCGGCGGGGGCGCCCUCGCUGCGGGAGCCGGAGGUCCUUCGCGAUGCGCCGCCCGCCCCCGCCUGCCACCGAAGAUUCCUGGCGAAGGCGCCCGUUUGCCCCAACUGCGGGCUGGAGGAGGGCUUGAUCUUUGGGCUUACAGGCUUCGGCUUCCGGGCCCGGGCCCACGAGGAGCGCUGCGCGCAGCGGCUCUCGCGGCGCCACUCCCAGGCCUCCCAGGGCACCGCGCCCUCCUCCAGCGGCGCCUUCCAGUCCUGUCAGCCGCGGAGCUCGAUGGACACUCAGGAUCUGAACAUCCACGUCCAGGCUGCUGCUGAGGCCGUGGCCGAGGCGAAAGCUGAGGUGACAGCGGAGGCUGCUCGUGUGACGGAAGAAGUCAAGAGCAAGGUCGCGGAGGUUGCGCCCAAGGCCGACGCAGAGUCGGAGGCAAAGCAGGCGACCGGUGCCGUGGCCGAGACCGCUGCUGAGGCUGUGGCUGAGGCGAAAGCUGAGGUGACAGCGGAGGUUGCGCGUGCGACGGAAGAAGUCAAGAGCAAGGUUGCGGAGGUUGCGCCCAAGGCCGAUGCAGAGUCGGAGGCAAAGCAGGCGACCAGUGCUGCAGCUGAGGUGACAGCGGAGGUUGCUCAUGCGACAGAAGAAGUCAAGAGCAAGGUUGCGGAGGUUGCGCCCAAGGCCGACGCAGAGUCGGAGGCAAAGCAGGCGACCGGUGCCGUGGCCGAGACUGCUGCUGAGGCUGUGGCUGAGGCGAAAGACGAGGCGACCGCCAAGGUGACAGCGGAGGACGAUGCGGAGUUGGAGGCGAAGCAGGCCACCAGCGCCGGGGCUGAGGCCAGCGCUGAGGCUGUGGCUGAGGCGGAAGACGAGGCGGGCGCCAAGGUGACAGCGAAGGCCGACGCAGAGGCAAAGCAGGCGACCAACGCCAUGGCUGAGGGGGCCGCUGAGGCUGUGGCCGAGGCAAAAGACGAGGCGAGAGCGGAGGAGGAGCCCAUGAAGACGGAGGCAGCGCCGCUGGAAGAGCCCAAGGCAGAAGAGAAAGAUGAGACUCGGAAGCAGCCGGAGGUCAAGGAGGGCAAGGAGGGCAUGGAGGCAAAGCCCGAGGAGGCAGCCAACAAGAAGGAGGGCAAGCAGCCGAAGAAGGCGACGGCCAAGGGCCGAGCCCGCUGA